AUGCAUCUCGCAGUUGCCAAGUCUGUGGAGGACACGUGCCACGGCACCGGCGCCGUCUUGGAUGAGUGUCUUUUGGGCGCCUCAGUGCAGGGCCUGACACCACAGCCGCCGGGCGCAGCUGUGCAAAUGCGCUUGGGCGGCCUCAGAGGUGCGAUUGGGGGUCGGGUGCCACAAGGAGCCUGCGUCACGGGCUGGCCUCCCUUUUUUUUUGUUGGGGAACCUAAAAGCAAACAGGCUACCCGCCCGCACCGCCCCCGCCUCUGGUUGAGGGGAGCCACGCCGCUGGGAGGUCUGCCGUUGCUGCGUGGUACCUUGUGA